ACAACUCCGCCCAUCCCACAAGCCGCAUGACAAACCUGUGUGUCAAGAUUAUAACUUUUCAGAGUUAAGAUCAGAGAGGACACAUUUGCUGAGAACCAAGAGUUGGGCUACAAGACAUUGCAGACUACCAGGAAUGGGUCUUCCAGCCGGGCUGUUAGAGUUCUUGGGGCCAGUAGGGUGGGGGGCAGCAGUGCUGGUAGGGGUGGUUAUAUUCAUUCAAGUGGUUAAAAAGAACAGGGAGGAGAAACGUUCUAUUUCUCCAGGAACUCACAAGUGUUUUGGUGACGAGAGAACACGGUUGAAGGAGGAAAAGUCGAAUGAAGCUUCUGGAAGAACUGGAAACUCUAGGAAGAAGAGAGUAGAACCGUGCCGUCAUGACGAACAUGAGGAUGACGUAAUAAAAGGUUACGGCCUUGGACAUGUUCACAAAUAUAAAGAUGACAAAAAAUUUCGACCAUCUUGGUGUGAUAAGGAGAAUGAAGGCAUUACAGAGGCAGACCAUAUUCCACCUAAAGAUUCUCUGAAGAAGGCCCUAAACAAUGUACGACUGGAUCGUCUCCUACAAGUGAAUCCAAGGCUUCAUGAGAUGAUCAUGAGCCUUGUUAAUGACCCAACUGGACAGAAACUGUUAACCAUGAGGGUUCUUUACCAGGAUCACAGAGAUGCUCUGACCACUGGUAGCAGCAAAGAAUCUAAAAUAUGCAGGUGGAUUUUGACACAAACAAUGCUAAGCGGAAAAGAUGAUUGUGCAGUAAAAAUGCUGGAGCAAGCUUUUAUCAUGGGUCAUCCUAUAGCUUCCCAGAUGCUCAGACAUGAUGCUGGAUUUGUUGACGCCGCACUACGUACCGAGGGUAAAGUUGACAUGUCUGAUGAAGGCACAAGGAGCUACUACAGAUAUGGCUACACUGACCUGGUCGAUGAAUAUCUCUACAAGGGGAUAAUCAACGAUGGUCAAGCAAAAGACCUCAAAAUAUGGGUGAAAAGAGAGAUGCACCUUGACCGGGAUACUGCAGAGUAUAAGGAGAUCCUUGAAGACAUUAAUGAUUUCUAUGACUGUUUUCAUAUGUUGUAGGCUUACUCUUACAGCAGUAUCCAAGGGGAAAGAAUCAAAAGUAUACCUUCCAUCACUUAUCGAUCAUAUUUUGGAGUAGCCUACAAUUUCAUGAAUUUCACGUUGAUAAUCUCAUUUUAUAAUUAUAAUGUUUUGCUUUACAACAUUAUUGGUUGAUCCACAGAUGUUGCAAUCUCUAUUGCACUCCACACUGCCCUUUCCCACCUGGACGAAAGGAACAUCUAUGUGAGAAUGCUGUUCAUUGACUACAGCUCAGCGUUCAACACCAUAGUACCCUCAAAGCUCA